CUUGUGCAAACAUGCAAUGGCAUGUUUCUUAUUGAAAUAAGGCGACAUAUUCCUCUCAUGACGUAUAAAGUACGGAUCUUGAUCUUUCCUUGCUGCAUCCCAUACCACAAAUCUGAAAUCUCGUGCAUAUUUAUCAAUUAAAGUUCUAUCUGAGCCAAAAUAAAAAUUCUCUAACAAAAGUUCAAGUUUACGUGAGGCUUUAUACAACUUUGAAAGACAGGCCGAAAUGUUUUGUGUUCCAGAUAUCCAGACAAUUCUGAAUGACUUGAAGUAUAUUGCGGACCGUAUACAAACAAAAACCUAUUUCCGCAAUAACGUAUACACGCAGCUUGGAUAUUGUGGAUACUCUUGGUCUAGUGAUUCAGAUUUAGAAUUCGUGAACCCAGCUGAUAUGGUGUUGAAAUUGUUUGCUGUGGCAGUAAACGAAGCAAUCCAAAAGACGGUAGAUCUGACACAGCUAGAAACCGGAAAGCAACUUCGUUCGAAACUUGACAUUCGUGAACACGAAUCAUUGUCUCUGUAUUUCUCAACAAAAAUGGAAAAGGAAAUGGAAAUUGAAAUGGAAAUGGAAAAGGAAAUGCUAGCGGAAUCACGGGUUUUGACGUGGAUGAAAGAAGCCAGGUCUCCUCUAGACAUGGCGGUUCGUUUAAAGAGCAGUGCGCCGCAGUGGCUGGUGGUGAAUAUUAUCCAGUAUCAAUUUGACAUACGCUGGAACACACCAUCGCUCAUAACUGGCAAGAAUGGAAAACCAGAUCAUUAUACAUUUUACCAAUUCUGCGAAAUGCAAAAUUCAAGAAAGUUUCUAAAGUAUAAACCAUUUGUCUUGGAUGAACGAGUUUAUCUUGACUUUUAUUAAGGAGAAUGCUGACAUCCAACGAGAUGACGAGGACAGCCUAAAGGGAACUUUAGGGAAGCCAACUCUUUACUGGGCCGUUCUUGACGACACGGAUUUCGAGGCUGGUGGAAAUCUGAGGUUGAAGGGGAUUGGUCGAACGCAAAUAUACAUUGGCAAAGCAAACAAUGGAAUUCGAGGACGAUGGACGAAGGACAGCGACAAUCAUUGUAAAAUGAUGAAGAAAUGUUUGGACAACGUGAACGCCAUGACGACCUACGACCCGUUGAGAUUGGAAGGAAUCCAGCUUGUGGAUGCCAGGCUAGCCUUGGCUAAAGUUAGACGAGAGCGUUCUGCCCUAUUUGUGAUCAAAACCUUUGGCGAUGAUCUCGAAAAGGCAGAAAUGGCCGUAAAGAAGGCGGAGGAAGCCUAUUAUGAUGCAACAGAUAGCGAAGAGGAUGAGAGAUUGGAUUGUGAAUGGGAAAAAGCAACAAUCACUUUGGCUAAUCUGAAGAAAAAAUUGAAAUCGGAGGAAAGAAAAAAACCUGAAAAGAAACUUGAAGAAGCUGAGAAAAAGCACCGAAAGGGAAAAAGAGAUAAUGCUUCUACGAACAUUAUACCACACGACGUGUAUGAUUGUACAUGGGAGCCAAAGAACAUGGCUUAUGGAAUGAACUUUUCUUAACAACCAGCCAGCGCUCUUGGGAGUGAAUGGUUGAACUGGACAUUAUUUCUGCUCAUAACACUGAAUGGUACACAAUUACAAAUAACAGGUUUGUUCACAAGCUUGAUACAGGAUGUGUUCGGUCAGUUUGGACUGCUUACUCCAUGUUUCUUCAGCUUAACAAGUUCAGGACAAGCGUUUAGAGGGUCGAGAGCAAUAUCACCAGCCUUGUUAAAAGAUUAAUCUGACUUGGCAACACAAGAUUGUAACAAUAUUCUAUCAUGUAUCAUGUUUGUGCCAGACCCAUUGGAACAGGCUUCAGACAAGUCUUCAUGGUGAUUCAUUUUGAAAGUUUGUUACUGCUUUUUAGCAAGUUGUCCAAACUCAACAACAGCUUCGCCUUGGCAGAGGCAGUGCGAACACAACUUGUUUCUAGGUUUGUUACAAAAUGUCAUGUUUUACGCAUGCAUGCUGCUUCAUUUAGGAUUGCUCAAAAACUGAAUUCUCCUGUUUCGCUUAGUCUGAGCAAACGCUCAGUCAUAAUCAUUUAUAAAAACUGCGAACCAUAAUCAAAUAUACUGUCUCCGAUCGAUAUGCUCGUUUGUUGAAUGCUCAGGUUUGAAUUUCAAAUAUUAAUUUGUUCCGGCUGACAAUUAUUUUAGAUUGUAAAAUUGACGCAUUUUAAACCGCGCAUUUUGAGCUGAUUUCGUUAGGCGCAAUGCGCUUUGCUUUUCAAUUUCGCUCCGUCUUGAGCAAAGGAUCUUCCUUAGCAAAGGAAAGUGUUUGGAAUUUUUGCAUUAGCAGUAAUGCACUUGGGUUAUGUGGUAACUACAGUAAGUGAUGGUAACUCUAGCUGGUAUAUUUAAUAGUUUGCACAAUGCCAGAUGAUUUUACUUGUCAGUAGAAGAAUACAGCCAAUAUAGUGGGUAGCAAAUACAAACUUCUGUAAGUGCCAUUUGUUAAUUAUGUGCGGGCACACAAGGGUACAAAUGCGUACAUUCGAGUACAUAUAUGACUUUCGUACAAGUAUACAAAACGAACGAAUUCCGAUUUCCAGCACGCGGAUUCCAACAUUAAGGGAGAAGAAGCACUGGGAACGAGAACGAAAUAUGCGGGCCGCUCGGAUCAACCAACCUCCGGUAAGGUACCCUUGGUUUCCAUUUCCGCAAUUCCACGUUUCGUGAAGUGCUUGGAAGCUCGAGCAGGAAUGAGAUCAUAGCAAGAACGAACUCUGAAUUCAGGACGAAAGUAAAAUGCAGGAUUGCAGCGAUGUUGAAAGCGUGAUUAGGAUCCUCUGCGGUCAGCAGUUCAUGUAUACGCGUCGUCUGUUGCAUUAUGAUACAAGUUUGUAACGCAAUUUGCUACAAACGCGUGUUUUCCGCAAGUGACUUGCGUUUGCCAUAGUUUAGUGCUCUCGACUAUAAUUUAGGAAUAUAUUAAAGGUAAAAAAUGUAAAUAAAGUAUAUA